CAAUUCAUACAUCAGCCGGUUUGAUUAAUCUAUGUGCUGAAACGCCAUUAACCCAAUGUUAUAUGCUGAGUGGACAAUAAGUAACACAUACUUAUACUUGCAUAUACUUUAUUCAUAAUGAAAUAUUAAUUUGAAGUUCUAACGAGACAAGUCAACGGGAAAGUUUAAAGGAGUGAUGAGUUUUUUUCUUUUCUUUAAGAGAGUAGCGUAAGUGGUUUGGCACCACCAUUAAGUCAUGCCAUUGAAGAAGAAUCUCAACUUUUACACUUUGCGUAGACCAAUUGCUUCCACAACUUUGAUUUAAAACAUCUCUAAAUUUUCAGUUAAAAAGCUAUUCGUGUGUGAAAUCGCCUAACUAAGUAAGUUCUUUGAGUACAUUUAUUGUUUUUUCGUAACCGACAAUUGUCUAACGUUUGACUUUAAUUUUGUUUAAAGAUUUGUGAUUGACCAUGCGCACGAGUAAGACUCCAAGCUUUUGCACUAGCUAUGGUUGAUUUGUUCAUUGAAUGAUCAGUUCAAUGUAUAGGAAAAGAUCACAUGAACGUUGUGUUGGUUGUUUGAUCACGCUUACUACAGUGUUACGAGAAAAUAAAGUGAGAUGGUUAGGUGUGUAUUAGACAGACCAAAGGCAUCAAUCUUAGUGGGUCCGAAGUUUAAUGCGUUUGUAGCUUAACAGGUUGUACUUUUUUUGGUUACUCCUACUAUAGCAUAUACCUUUUUGUUUUGUUAAUCUUUAGUUUCAUUUUAAGUUUAAUGGACUUUUAGCUGGUGGUAUUUGUUUUUAUUGAACAAGAACGUGUGGCAGUGUUAUUGAUAAACGAAAAUUAUGGCUUCUUGACUUUUUCUCAGUAGUUUCUAGCUUUGAAGAUCCAAAAUCAAAGGAGAAUUUCAAUCUUUUCACAAUUUUUGGCAUUCCUAAUCGUCUUAACUCGAGUGAUUAGUGGAAUUAAAUUAAGAUUAUACUCUCGAUAAUUAAGUCAGGUAUUAGAAUCAUGCUGGCUUUUAACUUUCUUAAGACUUAGAUAUCGUCGCAGACAGUUGGCGGAAGUCAUGAAAAAGGAAGAUGGCAAGCAGAAUCUGAAAAUUAAUUAAUUUAUUUAGUUCUGAUUUUGUUACUGGUAGGUGAGGAUAAGUUAAGUAACCGUCGUCUGAAACAGUACGUGGCUGUCACAAACUGAAAAACUAACAGCCAUAACAAUGUUAAUAACUUAACAUCCUCCCGUCAUAUGUUUGGACAACGCUUUGUUCUGGUCCGAAUCGUUACAUUGCUAUGAAAUACCGAAAACACCCUUAUAAAUGGUAAUUAGUUAUCUUUUACCGCAGUUAAAUUAACGUUGCGCUGAAAAUAGACAACUAAACCGCGUUGCUUCUGAUUAUUCGGUGGUGUUAAAUUAGAAGUUUUACUAUUUUUAAUCCGAUUAAUGAGAAGGGUAUUAUGGGAAAAUCAUUUUUAUUUAUUUAUUUUUUUUGCAGAAACGGGCAAAACUCGCAUGUCAAGUAAAAAAUUUACUCUCUUUUCUUCAGUUUCUUGAUCGAUUAAUUAAAGAAUUUUAUAAAUAUAGCGUGAGACAAAGAAAGGGAAGUUAAAAAUAAAUAAUUUAUAAAGUUUUCUUCUUCUAUUCUGCAGAAGAAGAAUGCUUUUGUCACGUACUCUCCUUUUGUAGCUUCUCUACUUCUUCUUCUUCUUCUCUCUUCUUUGUGAAAGAUAACUUUGCAAGAAGCUUCUUUGGUUGUUGAAGAUGGAGAGAUACAAGUGUAGAUUUUGUUUCAAGAGCUUCAUCAACGGAAGCGCUUUAGGCGGUCACAUGAGAUCUCACAUGCUUACUCUCUCUUCUUCAAAACGUGAGGAACGGCCGAGUCAACUCAGCGAGGAAACAGAGUCUGAUGCUUCUUCUUCUUCUUCGUCUGAUGGUGAUAAAGAAGAAAUGGAGUUUGGUUUCUCCGAAAGCGAAACAGAGUCGUCGAGGAUCAAUCCAACUCGGAAACGAUCCAAGCGAACUAGGAAACUCGGAUCGUUCGGUUUCGAGUUCAAGAAGCUGAAAACGAGUCAACUCGGUGAGACAGAGCAUCAUCAUAGCUCAGCUUCUGACACGACGACGGAGGAAGAUCUCGCCUUUUGUCUCAUUAUGCUCUCUAGAGACAAGUGGAAGCAACAUAACAAGACAAAGCAAACUCUAGUAGAAGAAGAAGAUGAGUCAGAUCAUGAAUGCAAGAACAGAGGAAGAGGAGGAAGAGGGAGAUUCAAGUGCGAGACUUGCGGUAAAGCGUUUAAAUCUUAUCAAGCAUUGGGAGGACACAGAGCGAGCCACAGAAAGAACAAAACUUUCACAAAAACAGAGCAUGAGGAGAAAACAGAGUACUCUGUUUAUGAGGAGAAGAAAAUUCACCAGUGUCCGAUCUGUUUUAGAGUUUUCAGUUCGGGACAAGCGCUUGGAGGUCACAAGAGGUCACACGGAAUCAACAACAUCGUAUCGGGAAGAGUCCCUAAAGAAGAAGUAUCGGUGAAACAGAGGAUGAUAGAUCUUAACCUUCCUGCACCAAACGAAGACGUUGAAACCUCUAUGGUGGUGUUUGAUGAACGGUGAAAAGGUAACAGACUUUGCGUGAUCUUAUCGGUUUAUUAUUAUUCUUUUUUUGGGUUUUGAUCGAACUCUCAAAAAAAAGUUUAUGUUUUUAUUUGUUUUUGGUUAUUAUUAUGAUUAUUUUUAAAUGCAAUGGUGGCUACUUUUACAUGUUCUAACGCCAUGCCUUCACGUCUUGUUGGCCUAAAUCAAUGAGCAUUGAAGUUUCAUUAGUGAAUAGAAGAAAAAAAUUGUGUAA